GGACAGUGGAACACGGCACGAGGAGUGGGUGAGAAAAAGAAAACAUGCAGAUAUCAGGACAGGAGAGCCUGUGUCAGUGUGUCUACAGAAACAUAACCUGCAUGAGCGACAGCAGGACUGAGCGGGUUCAGAAGAUCAGUUAUCCACUCACAAAGAUAAAGAACAUGCGCCAGCAGCAGAGAGGAGUGUAGGUGAGGCUAAAGAUGGACACUGUUGGUUACACAGAAGACUUGACCAAGCACCAACCAUGGAACUCAGGGAUUGAACCACAUUGGACCCUUGUGCGACACAGUUAAGAACACCCAUGGCUAAAUGCAAACCCAGUCUACCAGUCCAGCGAUUUCCUAUAGACUCUCUCAACCGUGCUUUAGAUGCCAUCAGAGUCAGCACAGAACUCAUAGAGGAGGAACUCAGACCCCAUCUGGAUGUGCUGCUCACCAUCGUACAAGAUAGGAAGAGGGGCACUCCUGAGCAGGUGGUGAUAAGUGGGAUCCUGCCUGUGCUGGCCCACACCUUUCAGAGCAAAGGUCCUCUCACCCUCAUCUCUGCAAGACUCGUGGCUGAACUUGCUCGAGAACCUCUAGUGAGGAAGCGGUUUGGGGAGGCAGGGUUGGUGUCAGCGCUGCUGUGUGUGUUGAGCUGUGGGGAUGAGGAAGUUCUUCUCUACGCUGGAUUGGCCAUAGCACGCAUGAGCUACGAAAGCCACGCUCACCAGGAGCAGCUACUGAGACAGGGGGUGAUGCCCCGCCUGGCAGGGGUCCUGCUCCGCUGCCACGGCAACAAGGACCUGGAACAGGUGUGUCUGCUGGCCCUCUGUAACCUUGGCGACGUCGGGGAGGGCGAGGAGGCGGGGCUGGUCUGGGAGAGAGGCGUGUCCCUGCGUCCCGGGGAGUCCCUGUUCCGAGGUGUGUCUCCUCACUCCUGCAGCUUCAGCUCCACCGUUGUCAUGGUGAAGUUGUCCCAGUGGGCAUCCGACCAGUUUGCGGUCAGCAUCGAGGUUCUCCAGCGCUGCUCCUCUUCCUUCUGGAACGUUCACAGAAAGAAGCACUCAGUCCGCCGCUUCCCGCUCACCAACCUGAGCUCCUGCCCCAAGUUAUACAAGGUCAUCAAGUACUCCGUCCAGAACGUGCCCAAGAACAGGAGCCUGAAGACUCGUGUGUUUCACACUUUUCUCUGACAGAGACUACAAACAUGGUUGUCAAUGGACUGCAAAAGACUCUGGGAUGAUAGUUAAUGAACUACAAACAGGACAACUGUAGGACACCGUGAUCUGGGGGUACUGUGGUCCGAAAAACUUUCUGAAAUGACGUCACAAUAACUAUGAACUUAUUCAACAUUUGUGACAGACUGCUUUAUUUAUACCUGUAUCACUACGUAAAACUUAUAUUUGUGCUGUACUUUCUUUUUGGUUUUGCCAAUUAAAAAUUGCUUAUAAAAACAACUGAUUAAUUCUUGUC